AGGAAAUUGAUUGGAAGGCCAAUCAAUAGAAGAAGUGGACCUCACCCAUGAAAUUAUUUUGAGAAAUGCCAAAAAGGCAUUCUCAAUCACUCCAACCCACACAAGCUCGGCCAUACCACUUUCCAAGGGGAGAGAAACUCUGCAAAACUCCAUUUUCAUCCACCAUAUUCGAACCAAAGCUUAAGGAGAAGAAGGAGGGGAAAGAGAAGAGAAAGAAGAAGGAAAACUUGAGGAUUAACAAGGUACUCCAAGGACUUUCACGGAAUUGAAAGGGUCGCCGGAGUGUCGCCGGACUUUGUUGAAGUUCGCCGGAGUUUCACCGGAGCUCAAUAAGAAGGGCUAGGACUUCAUAAGCUUCUUUGAGGUUAAGGCUAGAGUCCUACUACCUGCACCUUUGCCUAGGGUGACUGAUCAAGGAGGAAGACGUGAAAUGGAGGGUAGAGGCAUGGCUACGAGGAACAACCCGAGAGGGCAAACUCCGGUGACGUCCGAAGGGGCUAGCCAGGUUGCAUCUCGGGGCGCGAGAGGCGGUAGGGGAGGCCGUGGAGGCCGUGGAGGCCGUGGAGGCCGUGGAGGCCGUGGAGGCCGGGGAGGCCGUCGGGCUCAAACCGUGAGCGAUGGCCAUGUUAGCUCGGUGCACGGAACUCACACCGAGGAUUAUGACUCUACAUAUGUUCCCGAGACGGAACAUGAGGAGACCCCAUAUGAUGGGGGUGAUACGUACACCGAUGAUGACAACGAUGAGAGUGAUGCCAAGUUCGCCCAGAUGGGUGAAUUGUUUGAGUGGUAUCAAAAAGAGAAACUAAGAAGAGAUCUUAGGCGCCAAGCUAGGCGUGCUUCUCAGAGAGGUUCGGGUCAGGGAAGCCAGGGAGCUUCAGUGGCCAUUCCUGUGGCGACACAGGGGGUACAAGGAGGAGGUUCCUGUGUAAGAAUCUCCAAAUACCUCAAGGAGGCGAGGGCCUUGUGGUGUAAGUCAUUCGAUGGCAAGGGCGACAUAUCUGUGGCUGCCGACUGGAUCAAGAAACUAAAUGAGGCUGCUAGGGAUAUGCAGAUCGGGCUUGAUAUAAAGUUGACAGUUGCUACCAGGUUACUGGAGGGAGUAGCCGCGGUAUGGUGGGAAGGCGUGGAAGGAAAGUUCCACGGUGAGACCACCUGGGAGAAAUUUGAAGUGGAAUUCUAUAAUCAGUACUACUCAGAGUUCGAGAAGAACCAAAAGAGGAAGGAGUACAUGACCUUGGUACAAGAGGAGGGUUGCUCGGUGAGGCAAUUGGAGCAGAGAUUCCGGGACUUGGCACGAUACAUACCUGAGUACGCCAUGGAUGAGAACCGCAUGGCUAAUCACUUCUGGGAUACCCUACAGUUGGAUAUCCGUGAUAGGACCACCUACAAUCAUCACAUGACUUUUAGUGAGAUUGUGGAUCAAGGGCUACUUGGGGAAGCCAAGUGGAAUGAAAGGAAGAAGAGAGAAGCCGAAGAGGCAAAGAAGAGAAGAUGGGGAAAUUCUGGACCCCAAGACCAUUCUCGGAAACAUCACGCCGGGAAUAGAAGAUCAUUCAGGGCGCCGGAACCACCGGCAAAGAAGAGUAAGGGCCCAGGAGGGCAAGGGCAUAGCUCGGGGAGCGUGAGGCCACCAAGGUGUCCAAACUGUAACAGGAAUCACUCCGGGAAGUGCAAUGAACCACCCCGGUGCUACAAGUGUGGUAGCACAAGCCACCUCAAACUCUCUUGCCCAAUGUUGAGUGGAGGUGGGCCAUCGGGAGCUGUUGAGGCACCCACGUCUGGUAGGGGUCGUGCGGGACCAUAUCAGGGCGGCACGGGAAGGGGCGGACCCACGGCUAGUAACGCCGCGUCCGUUAACCAAGGGAGGACUCGGGCACGGGUGUACGCAAUGACCGAGGCUGACGCUCGGGCCAACCCGGACUCCAUUGCAGGUAAUCUUUUGACCUCACAUGCGUUUUAUUCAUUCGUUUGAAGUAAAACAUUCGAAAAAUGUGUUAUACCCGACCGGGUAUCCCUAUAGACCCGACCGGGUAUGGGGAAUUCUUCAGGUUCGAGGUUUGUACUCGUUCGAGCAAGUUUAGCAGAACCCUUCGAUUUUGGUAAAUCCAGCCAUACUCGAUCGGGUAUGGUAUGAUACUCGAUCGAGUAUUAGUAAAAAAAUUUGUUUUUUAAGGCGUGUGCUCGAUCGAACGUCGUGGGCAGAAAGCAUUGUGAUUAACAGUUUGAGCAAUACCCGACCGGGUAUGGACAUAUACCCGACUGGGUAUAGUGUAGUUGUUCGAGUACGAGGUGGGUACUCGAUCGAGCAAAACUGACAGGAAAUUUCUUCCUUGGGGAAUCGGGCAAUACCCGACCGGGUAUAGGCUAGUACCCGACCGGGUAUAGAGCAACUCCAAGCCUAAUUUUUCUUUCAGCUCAUUUUCACUCCGGACGAUGGGUGGUGUUUCUUACAUGGCUUGUAUAUGUAGGAACACUAAAGAUCAAUGGUAGACAGGCGAGAAUUCUCAUCGACACCGGAGCGCAACGUUCAUUCAUGAGCGAAGCGUUCGCCAAGGGACUGGGCAUGCCGUUAGUAGCAAUGGCGCAACCCUUGCUGGUCUCUACACCAUUGGGAGAUGACGUGGAAAGGAAACACUACUAUCCCUCAUGUAAUGUGGAGAUAGGGGAGCAUCGUCUAAUGGGAGACUUUGUACCGUUAGACAUGCUUGAGUUUGAUGCUAUAUUGGGCAUGGAUUGGCUUGAAAAACACCACGCGAAGGUAGAUUGCUACACCAAGGUGUUAGAACUAAAAGAUGGCGAAGGGAACACCCUAUGCUUCGAGGGAGAUAGGGGAAAUUCAACCCUUGCAUCGUAUCGGCUAUGAGGGCAAGGCGUAUGAUGAGGAAGGGAUGUCAUGCUUACUUAGCCUAUGUCGUAGGCAAGGAAGGCAAAGGGAAGAGUCUCACGGAAGUAAGAGUAGUGAGUGAGUAUCCAGAAGUUUUCCCGGAAGAACUCCCGGGACUCCCACCAGAUCGAGAGAUCGAGUUUGAGAUCGAGGUUGAACCAGGCACCAAACCCAUCUCAAUUCCUCCGUAUCGAAUGGCACCGACUGAACUUCAAGAGUUGAAAGUUCAAUUGGAAGAGCUACUAGAUAACGGAUUCAUUAGACCGAGUCAUUCACCAUGGGGAGCACCAGUACUCUUUGUUAAGAAGAAGGAUGGCACAAUGAGAAUGUGUAUCGACUACCGUCAAUUGAACAAGGUCACGAUAAAGAACAAAUAUCCUUUGCCAAGGAUUGACGACUUGUUUGAUCAAUUACGGGGGGCAACCGUGUUCUCCAAGAUCGACUUGAGGUCGGGCUACCAUCAACUAAGGAUCAAGGAGAGUGACAUACCCAAAAGUGCAUUCCGUACAAGGUAUGGUCACUAUGAGUUCCUAGUGAUGUCGUUUGGGCUUACAAAUGCCCCCGCGACAUUCAUGGACCUCAUGAACCGAGUAUUUCAUCAAUACUUGGACCAAUUCGUCAUAGUGUUCAUAGAUGACAUCUUGAUAUACUCCAAGAACGAAGAACACGAGAAACAUCUAAGGCUCGUACUUGGAACACUGCGGGAGAAGCAACUCUUUGCCAAAUUCUCUAAGUGUGAAUUUUGGCUUGGGGAGAUCGGUUUUCUCGGGCAUGUGGUAUCAGGUUCGGGCAUUUCUGUUGAUAACUCAAAGAUUGAAGCAGUCACUAAUUGGGAAAGGCCCAAGAAUGUUAAGGAAAUAAGGAGUUUCCUUGGUUUAGCGGGGUAUUACCGCAAAUUCGUGGAGAAGUUCUCCGUAAUAGCAUCUCCACUCACGAAGCUCACUAAAAAGGGGGCUAAGUUUGUGUGGGAUGACAAGUGUGAGAAGGGGUUUCUUGAGCUAAAGAAACGGUUGACUGAAGCACCAGUACUUGCUCUACCCGUGCAAGGGUUGGGGUAUGAUAUUUAUAGCGAUGCUAGCAUCCAGGGACUUGGGUGCGUACUGAUGCAACCGGGGAAGGUAAUUGCUUAUGCUUCUCGGCAACUGAGGAAGCAUGAAGUGAAUUACCCCACACAUGACCUUGAGCUAGGAGCUGUGGUAUUUGCGUUGAAGAUUUGGAGGCACUACCUCUACGGUGAGGUGUGUCACAUUUAUACUGAUCACAAAAGUUUGAAGUACGUGUUCACUCAGAAAGAGUUGAACAUGAGGCAGAGGAGAUGGAUGGAGUUAAUCAAGGAUUACAACUUGAUUAUAGACUAUCAUCCAGGGAAGGCUAACGUGGUAGCCGAUGCUCUUAGUAGAAAGAGUUCAUCGGGGGGUUUACUCUCAUGCUUGCAAGCAUUGAGGGCACGUGUGGAGGUAUCCACGAAUGGGGCUCUAUUGGCCAGAUUUGAGGUGAGACCCACCUUGUUAGACGAAAUCAGGACGCGUCAAGGCAAUGAGGAGGAAAUUCAGAAAAUCCGGGAACGGAUGCUGGUGGGACCCGUCGAGGGUUUCCAUGAGAGAGAAGAUGGACUCCUACUAUUCAAGGAGCGAGUGUGUGUGCCGUCAGAUGAGGAGCUCCGGAAAUCUAUUCUUGAGGAGGCUCACUCAUCUGCGUAUGCCAUGCACCCAGGUGGAACAAAGAUGUACCGGGACUUGAAAGAAAGUUACUGGUGGUCGGGGAUGAAGAGAGAGAUUGCAGAAUAUGUGAGCCGUUGCCUUACCUGUCAGCAGGUUAAGGCAGAGCACCAGCACCCGGCAGGGUUAUUACAGCCACUUACCAUCCCAGAAUGGAAGUGGGAGCAUGUUACUAUGGACUUCGUGGUAGGUUUGCCACGGACGGUUAGGAACUUUGAUGCGGUAUGGGUGGUGGUUGAUAGGUUGACCAAGAGUGCCCAUUUUCUACCUAUCAACACUACUUAUACGCUUGAGCGACUGGCCAAAUUGUAUACAGAUGAGAUCGUGAGACUACAUGGGGUUCCGGUUACUAUAGUGUCGGAUAGAGACCCACGGUUCACAUCACGGUUUUGGCCUAAGUUCCAAGAAUCCAUGGGUACGAAGUUGAGGUUUAGCACGGCUUUCCAUCCUCAAACGGAUGGGCAAUCAGAACGGGUAAUUCAGAUUUUGGAGGACAUGUUGAGGGCAUGUGCCUUAGAGUUCCAAGGAAGCUGGGACAACCAGUUGGCUUUGGUAGAAUUCGCCUAUAACAACAGUUAUCAGGCAAGUAUAGGCAUGCCUCCAUACGAGGCAUUGUAUGGGAGGAAAUGUCGAACACCCUUGUGUUGGGAUGAGGUUGGCGAGGCCAAGCUUGAAGGCAUUGAGCUAGUAGAAAUCACCAAGGAGAAGGUGAGGGUCAUUCAGGAUAGACUCAAGACUGCCCAAGAUCGGCAGAAGAGCUAUGCAGAUAAACGACGAAGGACGUUGGAGUUCGAGGUCGGUGAUGAGGUAUUUCUGAGGGUGUCGCCUUGGAAAGGGAUCAUCAGGUUCCUUAGUCGGGGUAAGCUUAACCCACGCUACAUAGGCCCAUUCAAGAUCAUUGAAAGAAUUGGGGUUGUAGCGUACCGACUUCAGUUAACUCCAGAAUUGGAAAAGAUUCAUAAUGUAUUUCAUGUUUCUAUGCUCAAGAAGUAUGUACGGGACCCGUCACAUAUUCUUGAGAAACCACCGGUAGAAAUCCGGGAAGACCUUCACUAUGCAGUGCAGCCGGUAAAGAUCAUGGACCGACAGGUAAAGAAGAUAAGGAGUAAAGAGGUACCAAUGGUGAAGGUACUUUGGAAGAGUGAUCGUGUCGAGGAGCAGACUUGGGAAGUGGAGACCCUGAUGAGGGAGCAGUAUCCAUUUCUGUUCGACUAGACACGUGGAUUUCGGGGACGAAAUCCCAAAUAAGGGGGGUAGAACUUGUAACACCGCCCCCAAGUAUUUGUACUUUAUCAAAUUAUGUAUUGAACCCAAGAAAUGAGUAAACGCAUUUUUUCGUGAAUAGUAAAACUCACGUGGGGCCCACACCGGAAGUGGGGGCCGCCCGAUCUUAUCGGGACCACAUAUUAUAUUCAUUUGGGUCAAGAUAAUAUGUGUAUAAUGGUGGACAUCCUUGUUGGGCCAUAGAAGUUAUGUGAGUAACCUUUUGGGGCAAAUAAAGCCCAAUUAUCGGUACCGUCGUACUGACAGAUAAAAGCCAUAAUAAAUUAUGGAGACCAUCAAAUUAAAAGCUGGAGGAUAUACAUCCAUUCUUGUAGCCGAUAAUAAUUGGAAGAACGAUAGAUAUUUCAUUUUUACCCGAUAAAAUGAAAUACAAUUAAAACAGUCCGGAAAAUACAACUUUCGGGACCGAAUAUACACUCGGGGACACAAAGGGAUGACCACCCAUCUAAGUGGGGGCCAUCCCCACGUUUUUAGUCUACAAAUGAAAAGGGGGAGCCGCACAAUGCCAUGGGGAAACAAAGAGGAAAUUGAUUGGAAGGCCAAUCAAUAGAAGAAGUGGACCUCACCCAUGAAAUUAUUUUGAGAAAUGCCAAAAAGGCAUUCUCAAUCACUCCAACCCACACAAGCUCGGCCAUACCACUUUCCAAGGGGAGAGAAACUCUGCAAAACUCCAUUUUCAUCCACCAUAUUCGAACCAAAGCUUAAGGAGAAGAAGGAGGGGAAAGAGAAGAGAAAGAAGAAGGAAAACUUGAGGAUUAACAAGGUACUCCAAGGACUUUCACGGAAUUGAAAGGGUCGCCGGAGUGUCGCCGGACUUUGUUGAAGUUCGCCGGAGUUUCACCGGAGCUCAAUAAGAAGGGCUAGGACUUCAUAAGCUUCUUUGAGGUUAAUGCUAGAGUCCUACUACCUGCACCUUUGCCUAGGGUGACUGAUCAAGGAGGAAGACGUGGUUCGUGCUUCCAUUCAUCUUCAAAACUGAUAAACUGCUCAUGGAUAUUUUUAACAAUGUUUUCUAUUAAAACAUUUGGGGGCCUGCGUGCCCGUAUUUGCCACGUGUGGCUCAGUAUCAAACAUAUCUUAUUUUUCCGCAUUUGUUUGACUAAUAUAUAUUGAUGUUGAUUGUAUGGGUUUACUAAUCGGCUUGGCAAUAGAACUCAACGGACGCCUUGUAUGAUUU